CUGCUCCUCCCCUCCCGGAGCAGCUCCUGGAAUAGGUUCGUUGCUGCUAGGCACCCAGACACCAUGGGGAAGCUAGUGGUGCUGACCUUGCUGGGGGCCAGCUUGGCCUUAAUAGGGGAGAGGAUUCUGACCUUUAGAGAAAGAAUUAGUUCAACACGGGAGAUCAAGUCCACAGAACCUCAGCACUGCCACCUGAUUGAAGGCCUCGAGAAUGGCUCUGAAGAUAUUGAUAUACUUCCUAGUGGACUGGCUUUUAUCUCAACUGGGUUAAAAUAUCCAGGCAUGCCAAAUUUUGCACCAGACAAACCAGGAAGAAUUUUUCUGAUGGAUUUGAAUGAACAAAACCCAAAGGCACAAGCGCUGAAAAUCAGUGAUGGAUUUGACAAAGAAUCACUGAACCCACAUGGGAUCAGUACCUUCGUUGACAAAGACAACACUGUGUAUCUUUAUGUUGUGAACCAUCCUCACAUGGAUUCUACUGUGGAAAUAUUUAAAUUUGAAGAACAACAGCGUUCUCUCAUCCACCUGAAGACUAUAACACACGAACUUCUCAAGAGUGUGAAUGACAUUGUGGUGCUUGGACCAGAGCAGUUUUAUGCUACAAGAGACCACUACUUUACCAGCUACUUCUUGGUCCUUCUGGAGAUGUUCAUGGACUUUCAGUGGACUUACGUUCUUUUCUACAGCCCACGAGAGGUCAAAGUUGUGACCCAAGGAUUCAGUUCUGCCAAUGGAAUCACAGUCUCACUAGAUCAAAAGUAUGUCUAUGUAGCUGAUGUAAUGGCUAAGAACAUUCAUGUAUUGAAAAAACAUGAUAAUUGGAAUUUAACUCAAGAGAAGGUAAUUCAAUUAGGAACAUUGGUGGAUAACUUAACUGUUGACCCUGCCACAGGAGACAUUUUGGCAGGAUGCCAUCCUAACCCCUCAAAGAUAUUGGUUUACAACCCUGAGGAUCCUCCAGGGUCAGAAGUACUACGCAUCCAGGAUAUUUUGUCAGACAAGCCCAGGGUGAGCACACUCUAUGCCAACAAUGGCUCUGUGCUUCAGGGGAGCUCUGUGGCGUCUGUGUACCAUGGGAAAAUGCUCAUAGGCACUGUGUUUCACAAUGCUCUGUACUGUGAACUCUAGAUCUUCUUCAAAAGUCUUCAAACUUUUCAUAUUUAGCCAAAGUAAAAUUACAGGUGUAUGCUAAAUGGAACUAUAAUUAUUUGCAAUUACCAGGAAAAAUGUGUAUGGCUUUUCUUAUGGAGAAAAUAAAAGGAGUACAGAAACUUA